GUCACUCUGAAAAGGAUCAUUCUUACAAAUAUACAGGAAACCUUGGGUCAGAAUGGGAUUUGCGGAUCUUUUGGAUGAAGUUGGCGGGUUUGGACGCUUUCAGAUGAUUCAUGUCACUCUGCUCUCCAUCCCAGGUCUUCUAAUGGCUAGCCAGAAUUUACUGAAUAACUUUACUGCUGGUGUGCCGGAGCAUCAUUGUCGCAUACCCAAUGUAACGACUGCAAUGAAUGACAGCACCACAACACUCCUGCGUGCAUUCAUCCCGCUGGAUUCCUCCUUAACACUGUCCAAAUGCUCCCGGUACAAAGAUACUCAGUGGCAUUUAAUCACAGACAAACUGAGUCAUGGAAAUGCGACGGAACUGCAAACAGAGGAUUGUGCCGAUGGCUGGACAUACGACAAGUCUGAAUUCAUCUCAUCUAUAGUGUCAGAAUGGGACUUGGUUUGUACCCUUCGUCCACUCAAACAAAUGAGCCAGACUAUUUACAUGGGAGGAGUGUUGACAGGUGCCAUUAUAUUUGGAGGGUUAUCAGACAGGUUUGGCCGAAAGGCCUUGUUGAUUUGGUCAUAUUUUCAGCUCGCUCUCUUGGGCACAUUCACAGCUCUCGCUCCGUCUUAUGUGAUCUACUGCAUAUUCAGAUUCCUGACAGGAAUGUCAGUCUCUGGAGUCAUUCUCAAUGCCGUCUCCCUCAAGGUGGAGUGGAUACCCACUAAGACUCGGACUCUGGUGGGCACCUUAUCGUCUUUCUUCUUCACGUUUGGUCAGAUGGUUCUAGCUGGAGUGGCAUACAGUCUGCGGGACUGGCGUAAAAUACAAAUGGCCGUCUGUCUUCCAUUUUUCAUCUUCUUCAUGUACAGCUGGUGGUUUUCUGAAUCUGCCCGCUGGCUGGUGUUGAAUGGUCGAUCUGAAGAGGCGCUGAAGCUUCUCCACCGUGUAGCUAAAAUUAACGGCAGGCCUGAGAUGACAGAGAAGAUCACUUUAGAGGAGCUGGAGUCCCACAUGCAGAAAGAAGUUCAGUCCAGUAAGAGCAUUUACACUGUUUUUGACUUACUAAGAACACCAACCAUGAGGAAGAUCUCCAUGUGCCUUAUGGUCGUCUGGUUUUCAACUAGCUUUGCAUAUUAUGGUCUGGCUAUGGACCUGCAGAAGUUCGGGGUGAACAUCUAUCUGAUGCAGGUGAUCUUCGGGGCAGUGGAUUUUCCUGCUAAACUUGUGGCUCUUCUGAUGCUGAGCUUUCUGGGCCGACGCUUGACUCAAGGCACAUGUCUCCUGGUGUCAGCAUCUAUAAUAUUUGCCAAUAUCUUUGUUCCUGAAGAUAUGCAGGUCACAAGGACAGCACUGGCCGUUCUUGGAAAGGGAUUCACAUCCGCCUCCUUCACCUGUGUCUACUUGUUUACUGGAGAGCUUUACCCUACUGUCAUCAGGCAGACUGGUUUGGGUUUUGUCUCCACCAUGUCCAGAAUAGGAUCCAUGGCUGCCCCUGCUGUCCUCAUCUUGGACGAUAUCCUGCCAGCUCUGCCAAGCAUUGUAUACGGAGGAUCGGCUGUCAUCGCUGGUUUAAUAGCAUUUUUGCUCCCUGAAACCCUCAACAUCCCUCUGCCAGACACCAUUGAUGACGUGGAGGAGAAAUGGGAAAAGAAAAACAACACUAUUGACGAUCUGGCCUUACAGGACAUCAAACAAGUUGGAGGAGCACAUGAGGAGAACAACUUAACUACACCUCAUCCAGCGGCUGAAGCAAAUCCAGUUCUCCUCAACUCAUAGUUAUUAUAUCAAACAGAGCAACAACACUGGACCACAUCUUUUGUUUUUACUUCCCGAAAUAAUUAUUAUUUGGAUUGCAAGCAAGUAAUUUGGUACAUGCAUUAUGUUGUACAAUGCAUAAUGUACUGCACAUAUCAUACAUGCAAUCUGAGAAAUUUAUUCCAUAAGUUAUAUAAGGAUGAUCUUGACAUUUACUUAUGUUUAUUAUGCUGAGAAAUCCCUAUGAAUGGACCUUAAAUUAAGUGCGUGAUUGCAGAAAUUGGUCUUGUUACGAUUUAAUUUGCAUUCAGGUUAGAAGUUUUUUAAUGUGAAACACUAGUAACACUUUUGUUUAAGUACAUAUUCUAAACCCAAUUAAUUGCUAUUAAUAUACAGCAAAUUAGGAGUUUAUUUAGAUAAAAGUCAUAGGUAAUGCUUUAUUAAUAGAAAGAAUUGUACCUUAAUGGGGACCUAUUAUACCCCUACUUACAAGAUGAGAAGUGAGUCUUUGAUGUCCCUAGAGUGUGUAUGUGAAGUUUAAGCUCAAAAUACCACACAGGUAAUGUUUUAUAACGCUCUGAAAUGGACCCAUAUAGACUUUGAAACUAAUUAUGCCGUUUUGGUGACUGUCGCUUUAAAUUUAAAUGAGACUGUGCUCUGUCAGAAGAGGGCGGAGCUGCAAAUGCCCAUGUGUCAGUAUAGUGGCAUAUUCAAAACUCUAAUGGCAGACGGCUGCUUCUCACUCAGGGCUGUCUAUGCUAAUGAGAGACAUUGUCACCAGUGGGCGGGGCUUUCCAAAGGGAGAAUGUCAAUCAAAGUGUUUCUGCAGGCUGUUUUUAUCAAGUGUGAUUAUAAAAAAAAUACUAUUAAUUCAUGUUUACCUUUAGAAGCUGCUUAUAUUCACACACUGUAGCCACACAGCUGUCUUAAAAUCCUUUUUGCAUAAUAGGUGCCCUUUAAAAUAAAAUGUGAUCAUAACA